GAGAAGGCCGUGAAGUUGGUCACUUGCCGCGCCCGCAUACUGCACGCAAUCGACCUCGCAAAAUCGAUACCGCACUUCAUUCUGUCAAAUGUGCUCAAAUGGAUAAUGGCAGCGACAGCGAUUGAAAGAAUGUCGCAGAACAAUACGUUUCUGUCGAAAAGGAAGGAAGAUGCCGAGAAUAAAGACAACUUGUGGUCCUCUAUUUUGGCCGAAGUACAAAACAGUGGGAACAAUAAAUUACCAUCGAACAAGAACGUCCUUGUCUUAGGUGAUAAUGAAAGUGGGAAAACUACACUCAUCGCUAAGCUGCAAGGAGUGGAGGAUCCAAAAAAGGGGUCAGGGCUAGAGUUUGCAUACAUCGACGUUAGGGAUGAUUACAGAGAUGACCAUACGAGGCUAUCUGUGUGGGUUUUGGAUGGAGAUCCUGGUCACGCAAAUCUGUUGCGAUUUGCUUUGAACGCGGAACGGUUUCCACAUACCCUCGUUAUAUUAGUUGCUGCCAUGACGACACCUUGGGCCAUUCUUGACCAGCUUCAAGCAUGGGCUGCCCUUCUUGGAGAUCACAUCGACAAACUUCCUUUAGACAAUGACGUUAGACAACAAUGUAGACAACUCAAUAUUAAAAAAUGGCAAGAAUAUACGGAACCAGGAGACGAACUAGAUCCAGGAAGUCCGUUACGCCGUACUAGUAGAAACCUGGAUGAUGAAACGGCAGAAGGUUUACCUUUGCCCGAAGGGGUCCUUACGACCAAUUUAGGCCUAGACGUUGUGGUCGUAAUUACCAAAACUGAUUACAUGUCAACUCUUGAGAAGGAACAUGACUAUAAAGACGAGCACUUCGACUUUAUGCAACAAUGGAUCAGGAGAUUUUGUCUGCAGUAUGGAGCUGGACUGUUUUAUACUUCAGCUAAGGAGGAUAAGAACUGUGAUUUGCUCUACAAGUACCUUACCCAUAGAAUUUAUUCUCUACCAUUUAGGACACCAGCUUUAGUUGUCGAGAAGGAUGCGGUACUUAUUCCUGCUGGAUGGGAUAACAUGAAAAAGAUCAGUAUCCUUCAUGAAAACUUACAGUCGAUGAAACCGGAUGAUUAUUACCGUGAUAUCAUUGCUCAACCAGCAACAAAUCGAAAAAGCGUGACAAGGGAAUUCGAAAUUCAAGCUGAAGAAGAACAAGCCUUUUUAGCGAGACAACAGGCUGCUCUAACUGGCCUGAAGGAUCCCACGCGUUCUCCGACAGCGCGGAACCAGGCAAGCACGGGCCCAGUCAUACAGGUGGCAUCGCCCAAUAAGAAAUUGGAUCCAAAAGGCGCCGGAGGGACCCCGUCAGGAGAGGGUGUUUUAGCGAAUUUCUUUAAUUCUCUUCUUUCUAAGAAGACCGGAGCAUCGCCUGGAGCACCAGGUUCCCCCAGUAGCGUGGGCACGAGUCCCGUAAAGAUCGAUUCCAUGGUUUCAGACGGCAGCGCGGUGGACAAGGCGGCGGUGCGCAACGAUGCUGUGGCAGAGCUGGACCGCAUCACGCGAAGCAAGAAGAUCCCUCAGCCGGACCUGAACUCGUCGUCCGAGUGUUAAGCGGUCGCAGAUCACUUCGCGUUUCUUGGCAUCCGGUUAAAAGCGCGCGCUCGAACUCCUUAAAGUCACGCAACUGCCCGGACUCGACGGGAGCUAUUCCUCGGAGCCGAAACAGUUUACGGUCUCGUCGUCCCCGUGGAAAACCUUAGACAAUCGUUCGCGACUGACUUAGCACAAUUCCAAGCAGCGAAUGGAACGUUCGACUCGUGCACAUCCGAAAUGUUCAAGGAAUCUGGAGAACGCGACGAGGCGCGCACGAUUUCCACUCUCAACGAGAGACCUCCCUCGAGUCUGUAAAUAAAAAAUCAUUGCCGUUCGCGGGAUCUGGCAGUUCUCCGAAAAUUAACGUAGCAACCGCGCGGCCUUUUCGCCGUUCCUCCCGACGUCCAUCGAACGAAUCGCUUUUCCCGAACAUCGGUCAAAUUUAUUUAUUUAUUAAACCGCCUCUAGCCAACGAUUGCGAAGUCCUGCCGACGCGAGCGUACAUGUAUACAUACUAUGUGUUCCUUUCGAAGUGUUUUUAUAUUAUUACUUUCGUCGCUUAGGCUCAUCUCUUGCACAAAAAAGCGUCCCACUUGAGGGUUCGAUAAAGCCAGGUCGGCCAUAUUGGAUCGUGGCAUCGGACGCGAGAAAAUCGCGUCAAAUUCCCGGCGGGUAUUUGGCACAUUUUUUUCACGGUUUUACCGAGCAUAGACGCCGUGGUAAUCAACGGAUGCAUUAACUGUCGGCCAAUUCGAAUUUGCGAUGACAUUGUGUUCAUCGUCGGAUAUUCGGCGCAAAUUUCAGGCAAUUUUUUGUCGCCAAAAUUCAAAAUGGCCGACUUGGUGAACACGUUGCGGUUUAAUAUCGCGGGAGAUAACAUUGUCGUAACACGUGUGCAAUAAUGGUUUGAGCGUUUCCUGCAGCAGUGAUUUAAUGUCGAGACUCGAAUUUCGCAGUCGUGCUAAACAAGGAGUGGCAAAAAUCGAGCGCGAAUGCAAUUUCAUGCGAAGGCUGACUAAGCUUCGGAGGAGAGGGAGAGGCACUUCGCAGCUAUGUAACAGCUUUGGGCGUCCCGUCUAUCCGCGAAUUAAUUAAUAGAAGAAUAUUAAAUUAAUGUAAUAAAACUAUUUAAUAUAAUAAUAAAUCCGAAGUAUCCUUGCGCACGUGUCCCUGCGUCCACCAUAAUAAAUUAUUUAGCGUGUAUUUACGGCCACUCGCGCUUCUCAUACUUACGAGGGGGAAAAAGAAAAAUGGAAAAAAGUGUGUAUAAGGGAACGAGUUUAUAUACGUUUAAUUUUUAUACGGCGGCUUCGAUUUCGGAAAGUUACGGGCGGUCUAACGUAGGGAACCGCGCGAUCGUUGGAAGAAGCUCUCGAAGAGAUUACGUUACGACGGGGGAAGUUUGUACGAGUUGUAUAUUUACGUGAGAUUCGUUUUCGUAGAGAUAGGAAUCGCUUUUGUAUCGCAAACCGAACUCGAGAAUGAGAUGUGAUUGUAAAAGCGUAGAUUUAGCGCGUCGCACAUUCGCUGGGCGCAAAAUCUUGGUUUCUUUCGGAGGGAAACUGUAUAUUUAGUUAGUACGCGCAUCGCGUUUUGGCUCAUAAUACGAGACUCAUACGAACCUUAUUAAAAAUAAAUAAUUUUUCACACAUAAAUGUUGUAUUUUCAAGAACCAGUGUCACAAUUGACGUAGCUUUGACAUUUGUCUAACCCAAUAAAUCAUUAUUUUCCACUUAAUGCGAAGAAUAACGUGGACCAAGAAUCGCUUAAAUUAUAUAUAAUUAGUAAAAAAAAAUUACUUCAACAAUGAUUAUUUUUAUUCAAUUCGUGUAGACAGAAUGCCAUGUAGUCGUCACAAGUGACCGAACUUACUGAACACUGAAACUGAACUUCACGUUUUCGCUCCUCUGUAACAGUAUUGUUUCGACUAUUUGUAAUUAACACGAAAUUAUAAAUAAGGAUUAAAAUAAUACAUAAUACACGACGAAAAAGGUGUACGCUCAUGUAUGAAAACAUCCAGCUAAACAUUAAAACUUCAUUCGAUGACACGAGUACUUCGUUUUUCACUCGAUCGCAUAGAAGCAGUUGCGAAGGCACACACUGUGUGUACAUUUGAAAAGCAUACAAAAGAUGAAUAUUUUUUAGUUCAAAACUGAAACAAAUUUUAUGACGAGAA